AUGUCGUCCACGAACGCACAAGCAGGCAGUGGCCGGAAGAAGGCCACCUCUCCCGCCGUCAACUUGAUUGCCGGUGGUGGUGCUGGUAUGAUGGAGGCUCUCGUGUGCCACCCUCUUGACACAAUCAAGGUCCGCAUGCAGCUUUCGCGGAGAGCUCGCGCUCCUGGUACCAAGCCUCGCGGUUUCGCCGCCACCGGUGCCGAGAUUGUGCGCAAGGAGACCGCUAUGGGUCUGUACAAGGGUCUGGGUGCCGUGCUGGGUGGUAUCAUCCCCAAGAUGGCCAUUCGGUUCACCUCGUUCCAGGCAUACAAGGACAUGCUCGCCGACAAGGACGGCAAUGUCACCAGCAAGGCCACUUUCCUCGCUGGUCUUCUCGCCGGUGUCACUGAAGCUGUCGCCAUUGUCAACCCCAUGGAGGUGAUCAAGAUUCGCCUGCAAGCCCAACAUCACAGUCUUGCCGAUCCCCUAGAUACUCCCAAGUACCGCAGCGCCCCUCACGCCCUCUUCACCGUCGUCAAGGAGGAGGGUUUCAGCACCCUGUACCGUGGUGUCUCUCUCACAGCCCUGCGCCAGGGAACCAACCAAGCCGCCAACUUCACCGCGUACACUGAGCUCAAGGCCCAGCUGCAGAAGUGGCAGCCCGAUUUAGCUAACGGCCAGCUGCCUUCUUACCAGACCACCUUGAUCGGUCUCAUCUCCGGUGCCGUCGGUCCCUUCUCCAACGCCCCUAUCGAUACCAUCAAGACACGUCUCCAAAAGACCCGUGCUGAGCCGGGCCAGGGCGCUGUUACCCGUAUCAUGAUUAUUGCGAAGGAUAUGUUCAAGCAGGAGGGUGCUGCGGCUUUCUACAAGGGUAUUACCCCUCGUGUGAUGCGUGUUGCUCCUGGUCAGGCUGUGACCUUCACCGUGUACGAGUUCCUGAAGACCAAGCUGGAGUCAUCGAACUGGCCUAUCGUUGGAGUUCAGUAUGAGGAGUAA